GUGCAGAUGCAAAUUUUGCCAUCUGGAUUAAAAGGUGCCAGGAGACUCAGCCUGCAUCAGAGUCUGAAGUGUCUGCAUCUCAGAGAACUCAGUCAAAAAUCAAGUAUGACUGGUAUCAAACGGAAUCUCAAGUAAUCAUUACACUUAUGAUCAAGAAUAUUCAGAAGAAUGAUGUAAAUAUGGAAUUUUCAGAAAAAGAGUUGUCUGCUUUGGUGAAACUCCCUUCUGGAGAAGAUUACCAUAUGAAACUGAGGUUGCUUCACCCUAUAGUCCCUGAACAGAGCACAUUUAAAGUACUUUCAACAAAGAUUGAAAUUAAAAUGAAAAAGCCAGAGGCUGUGAGAUGGGAAAAGCUAGAGGGUCAAGGAGAUGAGCCCACACCAAAACAGUUCACAUCAGAUGUAAAGAACCUGUAUCCAUCAUCAUCUCAUUAUACCAGGAACUGGGAUAAACUGGUUGGUGAGAUCAAAGAGGAAGAGAAGAAUGAGAAGCUGGAGGGUGAUGCAGCGUUAAACAAGUUAUUUCAGCAGAUCUACUCAGAUGGUUCUGAUGAAGUGAAGCGUGCCAUGAACAAAUCAUUUAUGGAGUCUGGUGGUACAGUCUUGAGUACUAACUGGUCUGAUGUAGGUAAAAGAAAAGUUGAAAUCAACCCUCCUGAUGAUAUGGAAUGGAAACAGUACUAAAUAAAUGAAUUUGGUAUCACAGAGUA